CGACAGCACGACAGGUUUUUCGCGGCCGCGAGUUGGUCGCGUCGCGCGGGCCGGUGUUUGCGCAGUGACUGGACGAUAUUUUCAGCCGUUUCUUUAUCUCUCGCUCGCGCUCGCGAAAGCCACCGACGACGGCCACGCGAUCGGCGGCAGCGCUUUUCGCGCGUUUCCCUCGAAAGCGCGUCGUCGCUGCGAUUUAAAUCGCGCGUGCACGGAAUCGCCGAUCUCCGAAGUGUCCGCGCGGGCAGUGCUCGUGGAUUUUUAAUAACCCGACGAAUAAUUUACGAGUGACACAGUCAUAUCUGGAGCGCGGUCUUAUCGGCGCGAUAAAUUCGGAGCAACUCGCGGAGCUGACGGUAUCGAUUCUAAGCUAUCGACGUGAAGAUACGCGCGCGGGCGAGCGGCUCGAAAAUUUUCACUCCGUCAUUUUACGAGCUCCAUUCCGGAGCAAUAAUCGACGAUUGCUCUCAUAUUAGAGGAUAACACUCGACCUUUCGCUACGCCGGAGUUUUAUUUUGACUGGGGAUUUUUUCCGCGCUGACCUUUCGUUCGGUUCUCCGCACGUUCGACCGCGCGUCAUCAACUUAGCAACUAAAUCGUGCCACUCUCGCGUGAGGCUCCGGUAAAAAUCGGAGCUCCGAAAUUUACGAAAGGAAGACCGAGCGAGACCUAUGACGUUGAUCGCCGUGCGUUCGAGGUGAGGGGUGUCAUCGAUGAAUUGCCGUCGCCGCGAGGGGAAAGAACGAGGAGGAAGACGAGGAAGAUCCAGCGCCUGGGACGGACGGCCGAUCGUGGACCAAGCCUUCGUCAUCUUCGAAUUUCCGCCCUACGGGGGCGCGGUUUUUCGGAGGAAACGCUAGACUUAUUUUGCGCCUCUUCCUACCUUUCCUCCUUCCAUCUCGUCGCUUUCCCUAGAAGCCGUUUUCCACGGCGGCGAUUGAACACAAUUUUUCGAAUUGGUCGCUCUUGUCGCGCGAGAUAAGGAGUCAAAAUGGCAUCCUCUCGAAGAGAGAACGAGGAAUAUGGACUGGGAUAUCAGAAUACUUUGAUGUAUGGUCGCUACACGAAGGACUUGGGUGAGUACGCGAAGGAAGAGGCACGCAAGCUCAAGUACCACGAGAAAGCGAGGCGGAAGUAUGACAAAACGAGGGCCGAGGAUCUGCGCAAGUCCAGGCGGGGUCCUCUGUGCCGAAAGCUGCUGGCCCUGUUGGCCUUCGCCUGGAAACACACCGGCGCCCGGUUAGGCGAGGACUGGAUCUUCCUCGCCCUCCUCGGUAUCAUUAUGGCACUCAUCAGUUACGCCAUGGACCGUGGCAUUUCCAUGUGCAAUAACGCCAGGAUAUGGCUCUAUCAGGACCUUUCGACGCAUCCGGCCUUCAAGUACCUGGCCUGGGUGUCCAUGCCGGUGUGUCUCAUUCUCUUCAGCGCGGGCUUCGUACAUAUCGUAGCACCACAAAGUAUAGGUUCCGGCAUUCCGGAAAUGAAGACCAUUCUACGCGGCGUGGCGUUGAAGGAAUACCUGACCUUUCGUACCUUGAUUGCCAAGGUAAUAGGCUUAACGGCGACCUUGGGCUCGGGGCUGCCGCUCGGCAAGGAGGGUCCGUUUGUGCACAUCGCCAGCAUCGUCGCGACGCUCCUUUCCAAAUUGGUCACGAGCUUCCAGGGCAUUUACGAGAACGAGAGCAGGAACUGCGAGAUGCUGGCCGCAGCCUGCGCGGUCGGCGUCGCCUCCUGCUUCGCGGCCCCGAUCGGCGGCGUCCUCUUCAGCAUCGAGGUCACGACGGUGUACUUCGCGGUCAGGAACUAUUGGCGCGGUUUCUUCGCCGCGGUCUGCGGCGCCACGAUGUUCCGCCUGCUGGCGAUCUGGUUCCAGCGCGAGGAGACCAUCACGGCGAUGUUCGCCACCAGCUUCACCAUGGAGUUCCCCUUCGAUCCGCAGGAGCUCCUCGUCUUCGCCCUGAUCGGCGUCGGCAGCGGAGUGCUGGGCGCCUUCUACGUCUGGCUGCACAGGCAAUACGUCAUCUUCAUGCGGAAGAACAAGAGCAUGACCAGCUUCCUGCAGAAGAAUCGUUUUCUGUAUCCCGGCAUCGUGUCCUUGAUGGUCUCGUCUGUGUCGUUUCCCCUCGGGCUCGGUCAGUUCAUGGCAGGCGAUCUGAACACGCACGAUCAGGUCUUCGGCCUCUUCACUAAUUUCACUUGGACGAAGGAGAAUCUCAGCGUCGAGGAGAUGAAUAUCGUCAAGCACUGGUCGACGUCGUACACCGAUGUCUUCAGCGGGCUUCUCAGUUUCGUUUUAGUUACCUUCAUCUUUUCCAUCAUCAGUUCGACGGUGCCGGUGCCAUCUGGAAUUUUUAUACCCGUAUUUAAGAUCGGCGCUGCGCUGGGUAGAGCGGUCGGUGAAGCUAUGGCUCUCUGGUUCCCCACUGGUGUACGCUAUGGCGGAAUAAUUACACCCAUAAUACCAGGUGGAUACGCCACGGUGGGCGCGGCCGCAUUCUCCGGCGCGGUGACGCACACGAUAUCCGUCAGUGUCAUCAUUUUCGAGAUGACCGGUCAGAUCACACACAUCGUGCCCAUAAUGAUAGCGGUGCUGAUCAGCAACGCCAUCGCCGCGCUUCUGCAGCCCAGCAUAUACGACAGCAUCAUCCUCAUCAAGAAAUUGCCUUACUUGCCCGACCUACUUCCAUCCAGUUCAGGAAUGUACAAUGUUUACGUGGAGGAUUUCAUGGUGCGCGACGUAAAGUACAUAUGGCACGGCAUCAGCUAUCAGAAGCUGAAGGAAAUACUGAAGGACAAUCGCAAGCUACGUGGAUUCCCGCUGGUGGAUAAUCCGGACUCCAUGAUUCUGCUUGGAUCGAUCCAGAGAUUAGCGUUAAUCAAGCUCAUAGAGAAGCACAUCGGCCGCGAGAGAAGGUUGCAGGUCGCGCAAAAAUGGCAUAAGGAGGCGGAGGAGAGGGCGCGCGAAGAAAUAGAACGGCAGCUGCGGGAGCAGGAGAGAACGAGGAGGCCUUCGAGAUUCGAGGUCAUCCCGGCACCGGACAUUCUCAAGAUGCAGCGGCAGAGUGUUAACGAUCUAACGAUGUCGCCAAACAACGGCAGCGGUCCCGAUCAUCACACGUACCAUUCGCCGGUGUUCGGGUCGCAACCGAAAAAGUCCAUUUUAAAGAAGACCAAUUCUUUCACUCUCAAGGGAUUCAGCCCGCUGGUGAGCCCGGCGGUGACGCCCUACACGACGGUCACAGGCGCGGAGAGCAGGAUUCGUUUGGCGUUCGAGGCGAUCUUCCGCAAGUCGGCCACGUUGCAGGACGUGGAUCCCGAUCCGGAGCUGGGUGCCAGGGGAAGCCAGGAUGUCAUCAACACGCAGUCCCAUACGCCCAUGCUGGCCCCGAGUCCGGCGACAUCGAAGAAAGUACAAUUGCCUCGGGAGAGAGUGAUAGACAUGUCGGCGGAGGACCAGAAACGGUGGGAGGAGAGCGAGAUGGCACUCGAGGUGGAUUUCUCGAGGUGCCACAUCGACCCGGCUCCUUUCCAGCUGGUCGAGAGAACGUCCUUGCUGAAGGUUCACAGUAUCUUCAGCAUGGUCGGCGUGAACCACGCUUACGUAACGGCCAUCGGCAGGCUGGUCGGAGUUGUCGCGCUGAAAGAGUUGAGGAAAGCCAUCGAGGAUGCGAACGCCGGUAUCCUGCCAAUGCAUACCGAGUCGCACAUCGCCGAGUCGAUCUCGAGCCUGGCGAGAAGCGAGACGGACACGGAGAGCAGCAAGAACGUGAACGCGAUAAACUCCAUAGGCUCCGUGGACUGCGAGAAGGCGAACAAAAUCUAAAGGGUCAUGUCGUGUCGAGACGAACGGAAGCUUAUAUUGUGAUAGCCGCGUCGCCGUUGUCGCGCGACGCGGCCCGAAUAAUGCGAGAGAGCU